CUAACUCCUUACUACUAGGGGUACUAACUCCUUACUACUAGGGGUACUAACUCCUUACUACUAGGGGUACUAACUCCUUACUACUAGGGGUACUAACUCCUUACUACUAGGUGUACUAACUCCUUACUACUAGUGCUACUAACUCCUUACUACUAGGGGUACUAACUCCUUACUACUAGGGGUACUAACUCCUUACUACUAGAGGUACUAACUCCUUACUACUAGGUGUACUAACUCCUUACUACUAGUGCUACUAACUCCUUACUACUAAGGGUACUAACUCCUUACUACUAGGGGUACUAACUCCUUACUACUAGGGGUACUAACUCCUUACUAGUGGUUCUAACUCCUUACUACUAGGGGUACUAACUCCUUACUACUAGUGCUACUAACUCCUUACUACUAGGGGUACUAACUCCUUACUACUAGUGGUUCUAACUUCUUACUACUAGGGGUACUAACUCCUUACUACUAGUGGUUCUAACUCCUUACUACUAGGGGUACUAACUCCUUACUACUAGGUGUACUAACUCCUUACUAGUGGUUCUAACUUCUUACUACUAGGGGUACUAACUCCUUACUACUAGGGGUACUAACUCCUUACUAGUGGUUCUAACUCCUUACUACUAGGGGUACUAACUCCUUACUACUAGGUGUACUAACUCCUUACUACUAGGAGUACUAACUCCUUACUACUAGGGGUACUAACUCCUUACUACUAGGGGUACUAACUCCUUACUACUAGUGCUACUAACUCCUUACUACUAUGGGUACUAACUCCUUACUACUAGGGGUACUAACUCCUUACUACUAGGUGUACUAACUCCUUACUACUAGGGGUACUAACUCCUUACUACUAGGGGUACUAACUCCUUACUACUAGGUGUACUAACUCCUUACUACUAGGGGUACUAACUCCUUACUACUAGGGGUACUAACUCCUUACUACUAGGGGUACUAACUCCUUACUACUAGGGGUACUAACUCCUUACUACUAGGGGUACUAACUCCUUACUACUAGGAGUACUAACUCCUUACUACUAAGGGUACUAACUCCUUACUACUAGGGGUACUAACUCCUUACUACUAGGGGUACUAACUCCUUACUACUAAGGGUACUAACUCCUUACUACUAGGGGUACUAACUCCUUACUACUAGGGGUGCUAACUCCUUACUACUAGGAGUACUAACUCAUUACUGUACUCUGUACCUGUACUAUGUUUUAAAGCAAAUAUUACUUUUACAUUUUGGUCAUUCAGCAGACGCUCUUAUCCAGAUCUACUUAGUCAGUACAUUCAACAAGGUCAGUAUCAAUCCAACAAUCCAACUAUCAACCAAUCGUCCUCUGUUGUUCCUGCAGGGUCAGCCUCUAAGCCCCUCCUCCCAGGUGGCCCAGGAGUUAAGCCCCGCCCAGCUGACCCCCGUGACCCUGGCCCAGAGUCACGCCCUCCAGACGUCAUCCAAUCAGCAGGGCUCUGUGCAACACGCCUACAUCCCCGGCAACUGGAACUACCGAGGAUACCGUGAGUACCUUUGCCUGGCUUGGGCUGGGCUCUGCAUGCACCAGAUUGCUAUAACAUAUGAUAUACAGUGCUUCGGAAAGUAUUCAGACCCCUUGACUUUUUCCACAUUUUGUUACAUUACAGCCUUAUUCUAAAAUGGAUUCAAUUGUUUUUUUCCCCUCAUCAAUCUACACACAAUAUCCCAUAAUGACAAAGCAAAAACAGGUUUUUAGAAAUGUUUGCAUAUUUAUAAAAAAAAAAUGGAAAUGAAAUUUACAUAAGUAUUCAGACCCUUUACUCAGUACGUUGUUGUAACACCUUUGGCAGCGAUUACAGCCUCAAGUCUUCUUGGGUAUGACACUACAAGCUUGGCACACCUGUAUUUGGGGAGUUUCUCCCAUUCUUCUCUGCAGAUCCUCUCAAGCUCUGUCAGGUUGGACGGGGAGCGUCGCUGCACAGCUAUUUUCAGGUCUCUCCAGAGAUGUUAGAUCGGGUUCAAGUCCGGGCUCUGGCUGGGCCACUCAAGGACAUUCAGAGACAUGUCCCGAAGACACUCCUGCGUUGUCUUGGCUGUGUGCUUAGGGUUGUUGUCCUGUUGGAAGGUGAACCUUCACCUUAGUCUGAUGUCCUGAUCGUUCUGGAGCAGAUUUUUAUCAAGGAUCUCUCUGUACUUUGCUCCGUUCAUCUUUGCCUCGAUCCUGACUAGUCUCCCAGUCCCUGCCGCUGAAAAACAUCCCCACAGCAUGACGCUGCCACCACCAUGCUUCACUGUAGGGAUGGUGCCAGGUUUCCUCCAGACGUGACGCUUGGCAUUCAGGCCAAAGAGUUCAAUCUUGGUUUCAUCAGACCACAUAAUCUUGUUUCUCAUGGUCUGAGAGUCCUUUAGGUGCCUUUUAGCAAACUCCAAGUGGGCUGUCAUGUGCCUUUUACUGAGGAGUGGCUUAUGUCUGGCCACUCUACCAUAAAGGCCUAAUUGGUGGAGUGCUGCAGAGAUGGUUGUCCUUCUAGAAGGUUCUCCCAUCUCUACAGAGGAACUCUAGAGCUGACCAUCGGGUUCUUGGUCACCUCCCUGACCAAGGCCUUUCUCCCCCGAUUGCUCAGUUUGGCCGGACGGUCAGCUCUAGGAAUAGUCUUGGUGGUUCCAAACAUCUCAAGGAUGAUCAAUGGAUACAGGAUGCAUCUAAGCUCAAUUUUGAGUCUCAUAGCAAAGGGUCUGAAUACUUAUAUAAAUAAUGUAUUUCUGUUUUCUUUCUUGCUUUGUCAUUAUGGGGUAUUGUGUGUAGAUGGAUGAGGAUUUUUUUUAUUUAAUCCAUUUUAGAAUAAGAUUUUUUUUCAUAGCAUGCCUUUGCUCACUCCCACUAAUGGAUUUAAAAGCAUUGGAUUGGGUUAGGGUUAGAGGAAGUUUACACAAGUUGAGCUGUAGGGAAUAUCCCGUCCUAUUAAAUCCAAGUUGAGCUGUAGGGAAUAUCCCUUCCUAUUAAAUCCAAGUUGAGCUCGAGGGAAUGUCCCUUCCUAUUAAAUCCAAGUUGAGCUCGAGGGAAUGUCCCUUCCUAUUAAAUCCAAGUUGAGCUGUAGGGAAUAUCCCUUCCUAUUAAAUCCAAGUUGAGCUCGAGGGAAUAUCCCUUCCUAUUAAAUCCAAGUUGAGCUGUAGGGAAUAUCCCUUCCUAUUAAAUCCAAGUUGAGCUGUAGGGAAUAUCCCUUCCUAUUAAAUCCAAGUUGAGCUCGAGGGAAUGUCCCUUCCUAUUAAAUCCAAGUUGAGCUGUAGGGAAUGUCCCUUCCUAUUAAAUCCAAGUUGAGCUCGAGGGAAUGUCCCUUCCUAUUAAAUCCAAGUUGAGCUGUAGGGAAUAUCCCUUCCUAUUAAAUCCAAGUUGAGCUGUAGGGAAUAUCCCUUCCUAUUAAAUCCAAGUUGAGCUCGAGGGAAUGUCCCUUCCUAUUAAAUCCAAGUUGAGCUGUAGGGAAUAUCCCUUCCUAUUAAAUCCAAGUUGAGCUCGAGGGAAUAUCCCUUCCUAUUAAAUCCAAGUUGAGCUGUAGGGAAUAUCCCUUCCUAUUAAAUCCAAGUUGAGCUGUAGGGAAUAUCCCUUCCUAUUAAAUCCAAGUUGAGCUCGAGGGAAUGUCCCUUCCUAUUAAAUCCAAGUUGAGCUGUAGGGAAUGUCCCUUCCUAUUAAAUCCAAGUUGAGCUCGAGGGAAUGUCCCUUCCUAUUAAAUCCAAGUUGAGCUCUAGGGAAUGUCCCUUCUUAUUAAAUGAGACGGAGUGAAUGAGGGCACACAUCGGGAGAGAAAUGGUUAGAGAUUAUGACCGCAGCCUUCCAGUAUAUUGAACCGACAGAGACAUUAUACUGACUGACUGUCUGCUCCAUCUCUCUCUCUCUCUCUCUCUCUCUCGCUCUCUCUCUCUCUCUCUCUCGCUCUCUCUCUCGCUCUCUCACUCUCUCUCCAGCCUCUGAGAUUCAGAUGAUGACGUUGCCUCAUACCCAGUACGUGAUCGCUGAGGCCAGCACUCCUGUCACAGGGGUCAACAGUGCUGGGGUCAAGACGGUGAGUUAGUAGAGAGAGUCUAGCAAGUUGCCUCUUCUCUUGGUUAACAAUAAACUGUGUGCUUCUCAGUGGGUAUACUUCAUGUAGCUGUAGGGAGUAGGGAGACUAGCCCAGUAGGGAGACUAGCCCAGUAGGGAGACUAGCCCAGUAGGGAGACUAGCCCAGUAGGGAGACUAGCCCAGUAGGGAGACUAGCCCAGUAGGGAGACUAGCCCAGUAGGGAGACUAGCCCAGUAGGGAGACUAGCCCAGUAGGGAGACUAGCCCAGUAGGGAGACUAGCCCAGUAGGGAGACUAGCCCAGUAGGGAGUAGGGAGACUAGCCCAGUAGGGAGACUAGCCCAGUAGGGAGACUAGCCCAGUAGGGAGUUGGGAGACAAGACCAUCGCCAAGCAGCUUGGUGAGAAGGUGACAACAGUUGGUGCGAUUAUUCGCAAAUGGAAGAAACACAAAAGAACUGUCAAUCUCCCUCGGCCUGGGGCUCCAUGCAAGAUCUCACCUCAUGGAGUUGCAAUGAUCAUGAGAACGGUGAGGAAUCAGCCCAGAACUACACGGGAGGAUCUUGUCAAUGAUCUCAAGGCAGCUGGGACCAUAGUCACCAAGAAAACAAUUGGUAACACACUACGCCGUGAAGGACUGAAAUCCUGCAGCGCCCGCAAGGUCCCCCUGCUCAAGAAAGCACAUAUACAGGCCCGUCUAAAGUUUGCCAAUGAACAUCUGAAUGAUUCAGAGGAGAAGUGGGUGAAAGUGUUGUGGUCAGAUGAGACCAAAAUAGCUCUUUGGCAUCAACUCAACUAGCCGUGUUUGGAGGAGGAGGAGGAAUGCUGCCGUUGACCCCAAGAACACCAUUCCCACUGUCAAACAUGGAGGUGGAAACAUUAUGCUUUGGGGGUGUUUUUCUGCUAAGGGGACAGGACAACUUCACCACAUCAAAGGGACGGUGGACGGGGCCAUGUACCGUCAAAUCUUGGGUGAGAACCUCCUUCCCUCAGCCAGUGCAUUGAAAAUGGGUCGUGGAUGGGUAUUCCAGCAUGACAAUGACCCAAAACACAUGGCUUAAUAAAUGAGGAUCGGAUGUCGUCAACCUUCUUUUCAAAAUGGUUGAUGAAGGCAGGUAGCUUAGUGGUGAAGAGCGUUGUGCCAGUAACCGAAAGGUCGCUGGUUCUAAUCCCCGAGCCGACUAGGUGAAAAAUCUGUCGAUGUGCCCUUGAGCAAGGCACUUAACCCUAAUUGCUCCUGUAAGUCGCUCUGGAUAAGAGCGUCUGCUAAAUGACCAAUUAUUAUUAUUAUUAUAAGUCAUCCACAGAGAGGGAGGAGGGAGGGGGAGGAGGAGGAGGAUUCAGCAGGGAGGAGAGGUGGCAAUGAGCUUCCUAGGGUUAGAGACAGAGGCUUGAAAUUUAGAGUGGUAGAAAGUGGCUUUAGCAGCAGAAACGGAGGAAGAGAAUGUAGAGAGGAGGGAGUGGAAAGAUGACAGUCUAGUUUUCCUCCAUUUCCGCUCGGCUGCCCAGAGCCCUGUUCUGUGAGCUCGCAAUGAAUCGUCAAGCCACGGAGCAGGAGGGGAGGACCGAGCCGGCCGGGAGGAUAGGGGACAUAGAGAGUCAAAAGAUGCAGAAAGGGAGGAGAGGAGGGUUGAGGAGGGAGAAGGAUUUAGCAGAGGGAAGAGAUGAUAGGAUGGAAGAGGAGAGAGUAGCGGGAGAGAGAGAGCGAAGGUUGCGACGGCACAUUACCAUCCGAGUAGGGGCAGAGUGAGUAGUGUUGGAGGAGAGCGAGAGAGAAAAGGAUACAAAGUAGUGGUCGGAGACUUGGAGGGGAGUUGCAGUGAGAUUAGUAGAAGAACAACAUCUAGUAAAGAUGAGGUCAAGCGUAUUGCCUGCCUUGUGAGUAGGGGGGGACGGUGAGAGGGUGAGGUCAUGACAAUGAGCCAAAACACACGGCCAAGGCAACAAAGGAGUGGCUCAAGAAGAAGCACAUUAAGGUCCUGGAGUGGCCUAGCCAGUCUCCAGACCUUAAUCCCAUAGAAAAUCUGCGGAGGGAGCUGAAGGUUCGAGUUGCCAAAAGUCAGGCUUGAAACCUUAAUGAUUUGGAGAAGAUCUGCAAAGAGGAGUGGGACAAAAUCCCUCCUGAGAUGUGUACAAACCUGGUGGCCAACUACAAGAAAUGUCUGACCUCUGUGAUUGCCAACAAGGGUUUUGCCACCAAGUACUAAGUCAUGUUUUGCAGAGGGGUCAAAUACUUAUUUCCCUCAUUAAAAUGCAAAUCAAUUUAUAACAUUUUUGACAUGCGUUUUUCUGGAUUUUUUUGUUGUUAUUCUGUCUCUCACUGUUCAAAUAAACCUACCAUUAAAAUUAUAGACUGAUCAUGUCUUUGUCAGUGGGCAAACGUACAAAAUCAGCAGGGGAUCAAAUACUUUUUUCCCUCACUGUAUGUUGAAAACUUGAUUGCUGACAUGCAAAACAUUUUGGCACUAUAUGAACAAUGGACUAAUGACACAAACACCAGAAGAGGGUUUCUGGGGUGGCGUUUUCCUUUAAAUGUCACCCUGUUCCCUACCUAGUGCACUACUGUUGACCAGACACCAUUGGGAAUAGGGUGACAUUUGGGACGCGCUGUUUUUUUUAAACUCCUGCAUCCAGUUACCUUCUCUCAGAAAGGCAGGUUGAUUGUUCAUCUUGAUCAUAACAUAUUCAUCAAGUAUAUACAUGAGUUGCAUGUUGUGGUGGUGGUGUAUGGUGGUGGUGGUGUAUGGUGGUGGUGUAUAGUGGUGUGGUGUAUGGUGGUGUAUGGUGGUGUGGUGGUGGUGUAUGGUGGUGUGGUGGUGGUGUAUGGUGGUGGUGGUGUGGUGUAUAGUGGUGGUGGUGUGGUGAAUGGUGGUGUGGUGAAUGGUGGUGUAGUGUAUGGUGGUGUGGUGUAUGGUGGUGUAGUGUAUGGUGGUGUGGUGUAUGGUGGUGUGGUGUGUGGUGUAUGGUGUGUGGUGUAUGGUGGUGUAUGGGUGUGGGUAUGGUGGUGUGGUGUUGGUAUGGGUGGUGUUUGGUGUUAUGGUGUGUGUGGGUGGUUAUGGUGGUGUAGGGUACUGGUGGUGUGGUGUAUGGGUGGCUGUGGUGUAUGUUUGGGUGUACUGGUGGUGUAGUGUAUGGUGGUGUGGUGUAUGGUGGUGUGGUGUAUAGUGGUGUGGUGUAUGGUGGUGUAUGGUGGUGUAUGGUGGUGUGGUGUAUGGUGGUGUGGUGGUCUGUGUAUUCUAACUGUUGUACCAUCUCAUCUUGUUCCAGACCCACUAUGUGAUUUCGGAGGGCCAGUCUGAGUUGGACCCUAAGCAGGCCAGCGGCCCCCAGAGCUCGGCCCAGACCCACCUGGACACCCAGACCUCCUCCCAGCAGCCCACCACACAGUACAUCAUCACCACCACUACCAACGGCACCGGGGCCAGCGAAGUGCACAUCUCCAAACCUUGACCUCCAGCAGCUGUUAUCCUGUGUGACUACUCCUCAUAGCCCCUGAACCCUGCUGAAGUGAAUCCUAGUGAAGUACGCACCACUAAACUCUUAACGACUGACCUACGGACAGCUAUUUAACCAGGGAACUCACUUUGAGAUUGACUUCUUCUUCAAGUGAGCCCUAUAUGAGGCUCAACUCUCCUACAGACCUAAGGACUGAUCUGGGAACAGCUGUACAUAGUUUCAUGACCCUUUCGAGACAUAAGGACUGGUCACAGACCUGUCUGCAUGCAGCCCCACCCGGCCCAUACUCAGACACGCACAAUGAACAAACACACACUCCAACGCACUCACACGCACGCAUAAAGUACACUCA